UAUGAAUGUGUGUGGCUUGGCUUCCCCACACAUUCACAUACACUACACACACACACACACACUUUCACACUCAUCAUGGGUUCAAUUAAAUCUGAUGUCAUUUCUUUAAUGUUUCUGUUCUCCUUCCACAGGUGGGUGUCAUCUCCAGAAUCAUCUCCUCUCUACAGUACCUGGUCUACCACAACACAACUACCACCCAUCUGACCCAGCAGCAGGUCCAUGCAGAGUGCCAUCACACUGCUGAGUAGACAGUACCGCAAACCGUCUGAACUAAAGAUAAAACAUUUCCGCCAACCGUCUGAACCAAAGCUCUGACACUCCUUCUGCUCUGCUCCUGUUCUGAAAUACCCUGUUCUGAUCUGAUCCGAUCUGAUCUGGACGUUAAUCAGAAACACCCUGUUCUGUUCUGAUCUGAUCUAUUCUGGACGUUACUCUGAAACACCCUGUUCUGUUCUGAUCUGAUCUACUGUGGACGUUGCUCUGACACUGUCUGUGGUCUCCACAAUGAACGAUGCCUCAGCUCUCCCCUCCAACCACACAGACUGUCAGGUGGUGAAGGUUCCCCACCUGGUGUUCUUUGUGGUGGGUGUGGUGUCUCUCAGUGAGAACCUAUUGGUGGUGGUGGCGGUGGUGCGCAACAAGAACCUCCACUCCCCCAUGUACAUGUUUAUCUGUAGCCUGGCCACGUUCAACACCAUCUCCUCCCUCUCCAAGACCUGGGAGACCCUGAUGAUGGUGUUUAGUGAUGUCGGACAAUUGGACUCCCGGGGGGACUCUGUCCGGAGGGUCGACGACGUCAUAGACGCACUGCUCUGCAUGUCCUUUAUCGGUUGUAUCUGUAGCUUCCUGGCCAUCGCUGUGGACCGCUACGUCACCAUCUUCCACGCGCUGCGCUACCACAACAUCAUGACCAUGAGGCGAGCCGCCGCCACUCUGGCGGGGAUCUGGGCGCUAUGCGGCGGCGCCGGGGUGGUCAUGGUGGCGUUCUGUGACGCCGCGGUCAUCAAGAUCUUCUUCAUCGUGCUCUUCCUCAUCUCGCUACUCCUCAUCCUCUUCCUCUAUGUCCACAUGUUCCUGCUGGCUCGAUCCCACGCCAGGAAGAUAGCGGCGCUGCCCGGGAGCGCCAUGCCGCGCCACAGCCUCCGGGGGGCGCUCACGCUCACCAUCCUGUUCGGAGUGUUUGUGGUGUGCUGGGCACCUUUCUUCCUUCACCUCCUCCUCCUCGUGGUGUGUUUAGAGAACCCCUACUGUGAGUGCUACCGCUCUCUGUUCCAGCUCAACCUGGUUCUGCUAAUGAGUCACGCCCUGAUAGACCCGGCCAUCUACGCCUUCCGCAGCGCAGAGCUACGACACACCUUCAGGAAGAUGCUGCUCUGCUACAAGGUCAAGGCUCUGUUCGACUGAAGGGCUUUGGCUGCGCCCUAUUCCCUAGAUAAUGCACAAAUUUCGACCAGAGUUUCUGACCCCAUGGGCGUUGGUUAAAGGUAGUGAACUAUAUGGGGAAUAGGGUGCCAUUUGGGAUGCAGCCUUUGUUGGCUUUCAGCCUGUCAAUCUGUACAGUAUCUAUCAUCAACAAACCUUCUGGGUUUUGUUGACCUUACACCCUGCCUGCACUGUUUGUCUGUUAUGUUGACAUCUCAACCAUGCUGCUUGACAGCACUCGGUGUGUCACAACAAUCAGAUCCCAGCUCAUCUCAGAUAUCAGAGUGGUUUCAAACAAGAGACACUUGGGCAUUUUCAGAUGGAUCACAAGUGCUUAUAAAAAUAAAUAAUCAUGAUAAUUUACAUAAAGUCCACAAUCUGUAAUUCACACUGUCUGUAUGGGAACUGAGGAUGUU